AUGGAGCCACCAUCAGCUCCUCCUGCACGGGGAAAGGGAAAACACGGCAGAGGAGGUAAAGAUAGAGCUACUACUUCUCCUACUAUUUCUAUCAGCUGGCAAGUGGUUCCCCAGUGGACCAAUAGGCUGGUUGACUACCUCGUUGGACACCCACCAGAUUGCCGUAUUCUGUUCACCAGUGAAAAGAAGAAUCCAGCCAACCAUGAAGCUGAGGGCCACCCCUCACGCAAAGACAAACAUGAAAUCCAUGCUGUCAUUGCAAGGGUUAUUUUCUCCGAUGAUCCUCAAUAUGCGGUGCUCUACGCCUCUAAUCCCAACAAAUUUUGGGACUCUGCAGAUAGUGGGUGGAAAGUAAACGCGCCUAAGCGCUGUAAUGCGGAGCCGAAGCGCUACCAAGUAGGUAAAUACGAGAAGGACUUUCCCUGGUACGAUCAGCUCUACUCCAUCUGGGGCUCCCAUCCAUCAUUCUCCGCCAAAAUGUCAUCGUCAAAGCCGGGCGUUGAUCACGCGAGUGAUCUCUUUUCUCUCACCUGUCCUUCGGGUGGCUCUCUUCGUCCCCCCGCUUCCUCCAGCACUGAUCCCGGCUCUCCCAUGCAACUUGGCAACAUGCCUCUCCCCAAUGCUCCAGCUGGGGGCGUUGCUGGGUCAUCAACUGGACCCACUUAUGACUACCUUCCUCCAAACGCUCAUGCAGGUGGUGCCGCGGCUGCUGCACCACCUACCUCCCCCCAAUUUUAUCACACUCCCCCUGCUCCAAACACUCAUGCAGGUGGUGCCGCAGCCACGGCACCACCUACCCCCCCCUUUUGUCACACUCCCCCUGCUCCUGGAGGCAGUGGUGGUAGCCCUUCGCAAUGGAACUAUGUGCCACUGCCCCCAAGCACUCACACCAACAGUUCUGCCGGGUCCCCUGUUUUUCGUUACCCACCACUUCCCUCCGGUGCUACAUCUCACGAUGGUACUUACUCUCCCGUCACUCAUUCCCCCACUGAUGAUUAUAAUUUUGACAGUAUCUACAAUGACAACCCUCUUGUGGGUGAGAUGGAGGAUCUUAAUAUGGAUUCCCUGGAUGAAAUUACUCACGACGACAGCAACACUAUCAGCCUGGACAGCCUGCCAAGACGCAGGGCUGGGAAGAAGCGCCAGGAGCCCCCUUCCCCCCCCUCCCCUACUACUACCUCUCAUAUGCAACAGGUGCCCUCCCGCACUUCCAUCCAGCAUGAUCGCGCUACAUUCAAGUCUCAUGGUCGCGCUCGUCGUCGCACUCUUGAAAGCCAUCAUCAUCUCAUGAGCCGUCAUCGCAACAGUCCUCCCCAACAGCGCAAACAUCUGUCUAGACGAUGCCAGCAAGUUCAGUCUCCAAAUGUCUCCAGAUGGAGAUUCCUGAAGAAUGAGCGCCUUAUGGUGAAGCUCAACGCUAGUCGCCAGGACAAGGAGCAUCAUCUGAUGUGUGAGGAGCAUAUGGAUGAGCGCGCAGAUGCUGCCAUAGUCCAUCAGCGCAUGAAGGAGGCUAAAGAGGCAGAUAUUCGCCUACGUGAAGCGGAUGCCACCGCUUUUGCUGUGGAAGCAGAUGUUCUACGCCUCCGGAUUCAGUGGGCCCAGCUCAAUGCCCAGGGUGGCAAACCUGCUGGUACCUGA